CCUGAGGGGAUGUGGUGUGGGGACAAGGCUGCUCCGCAAAGGGGGUAUGGUAUCAGGACAAAGCUGUUGCCCAAAGGGAGGUAUGGUUUGAGGAGAGGACUGCUUCUUGGGGAGCUGAGGAUGCGGCAGUUGGGGUUCAGCUGCUUCUCAGUGUUGCUGUUGUUGAGGGGCAGAAGCUUUGGUCAUCACUGUGGAAUUCCUGGUAUGAGAAGGCAGAGCAGCAGGAUAGAGAGAGGAUCCUUGCUGAACUGCUGUAAUCAUGAAGACAGUGAUUUUAAUUGUUCUAAUCAUCUUCACUUUGCUGUCUUCAGGGAAGAAAUUCCGAUGGUGCACCCUUUCUGACCUAGAACAGAGAAAGUGUGCUGAACUGUCCAAAGCACUUACGGCUGUGCUGCCCCUUGCUACUGUCAACUCGUUUGCUAGGAUUUCUUGCAUCAGAGCCCACAAUACACAUGACUGCAUUGAUAAAAUCAGGGUGAAUAAAGCAGAUGCUGCCUCCUUGGAUGCUGGAGAUGUUUACUCUGCUGUAAAGCUCUAUGGUUUGACAGUGGUGGCAAAGGAGAUCUAUGAUCAAGGAAAUUGUGUGUUUGCUGUGGCCAUUGCCAAACGAGGAACUCUGGAUAUCCAGAGGCUACGAGGUGUGCGCAGCUGCCACAAUGGAGCGAGAUGGACAUCAGGCUGGAAUAUUCCACUUGGCUUUCUCCUUGCAAGAAAUUAUCUUUCCUGGGAUGAGGCGCAACCUCUGAGCCAAGUAAUCAGUGAGUAUUUCAAUGCAAGUUGCAUCCCUGGGGUUGGUGUUGCUGCUCCUCGACUGUGUGCUCUCUGCCAAGGACAAAAAUCCUAUGUCAGAGACAAGAACCACUUCUGUGAGACAAGCAGUAACGAACCCUUCUAUGACUCUGGGGGAGCCUUCAGGUGCUUGAAGAAUGGAGUGGCAGAUGUUGCCUUUUUAGAUCACCUAACAAUUACGAGUGCCACAGAGUCAGAACAACAGGAAUAUGAACUCUUAUGUCCUGAUGGGACUACAGCUGAGCUGACUGAAUACAGCACCUGUAACUUGGGCAAGGGGCCUGGCCGUGGCGUCAUCACCCGCCACAACUUCCAGAAGAUCACCAACAAAUUUCUUAGCAUGAUCCAACGCCUCUUUGGGCGAAAAGGAAAAGAAAGAGCCAGGUUUGAACUCUUCACUUCAGCACCCUUUGGGGGAAAGAACCUGCUGUUCCGGGAUGCCACUCAGCACCUGCAGCUUCUUGAGGAGCAGCUAGAGAUUGCCUAUAUCCUUGGUCUGGAUUAUGUAGCUCUCCUUAAGGGACUAGGCCAUGAAGGGAGCUCUUUGGACAACAGUGUUGUGCGCUGGUGCUGCAUCAGUGAUGCUGAGCUUCGCAAAUGUGAGGAGUGGGCGCUGAGUAUCAAAUCCGACCCAUUAGUCUGUGUCCAAGCAACUUCCAUGACGAAAUGCAUUGAAAUGAUAAAGAGCGGUGAGGCUGAUGCAGUCACCCUGGAUGCAACACAUGUCUACAUUGCAGGGAAGUGUGGAUUGGUGCCUGUAGCUGCAGAAUGUUAUGGGGGAGAUUGCGCCCCAGCUGCUGAGAGCACGGAGGAAACAGGGAAACUAAUGCUUCUUAAGCACAAAGCACUGCCGUCUGCUUAUGCUGUUGCCCUAGCUAAGAAAAAUGCCAAACAGAUUAACAUCCAUAACCUUAGGGGAAGGCGAUCCUGCCACAGUCACCUGUAUAGUCCUGGAGGAUGGUUACUUCUCUCCAGAUACACAGUGGGAACUCUGGAGAAUGAUACUGAGAACUGUGACAUUGGCUCUGCUUAUCAGAAUUACUUUUGGAAGGGAUGCAUGCCAGGAGCAGAUGGAAACCUGUGCAAGGUGUGCAUUGGAGACAGUGAGGUGGAAGGGGCUCGAGUAUCUAGCAGAUGUGCUGCAAGUCACAAUGAACGUUACUAUGGCAAUAUGGGAGCACUCAGGUGCCUAGUUGGCAAUCCCAGUGGAAGAAGCUUUGGAGAUGUAGCUUUCCUGGAACACUCUAACCUACUCCAGAACAUAGAGAAUCUGGACAGCUCUGGUUGGGCAAAAGGUUAUGCCGCUAUUGACUUUGAACUCUUGUGUCGGGAUGGAACGCGUGCUGCAGUCACAGAAUGGGCAGGCUGUAACCUUGGCCCCAUUCCCCCCAGCACAGUCAUGACUCGACCAGUCACUGUCACUAAAAUCUAUGACUUUCUAAUGAAAUCCCAGGAAUCUCUGGGAAGCAAACUGGAUUCUGAAUUCCAUCUCUUUCAGUCGAGGAAGUAUGGUGAAAGUGAUCUGCUUUUCAAAGAUACUACUCAGUACCUUGUUCAUGCAAGUCACAUGAGCUAUCAGGAACUUCUUGGAGUGUCUUUCUUUCAACUGGCAGAAUCAGUAUUUAAUUGUACACCUGCAGGCAUCUUAGACUUCUGCAAACAGGAUAUCUGUGCAUCCUCAUCAAACUGACAGCUAAUACAGAGGCUUUGCAAGGCAUAUAUAUCACCGUCAAUGUUGAAAACAAGGAAAUAUGCAAGUCCAACCUAUCCAAAGCAGUCAGCAAGGAAACAGUCAUCUCUAGAAAGUAUGCUGAAUACUCUUUUUUUAAAGCAGAUUUUUAUGUUUAUGAUAAUGUAAUACUACUCACAUGUCACCCCUUUCUUGUUUGGAGCAUGGCAUCAUGUGGAACAGCACAAGCCAGUCUGCAUAACCCACAGCACAGAACUAGGAUCAGCAAUUCUGUACAACUACUAUGGAGAAAUUGGCAUUUUUGUGGAAAUAGCAGGGCCAAUAACAUGGACUAAAAUACAGACUGUCAUAAUUGGCACAGGUUAGUUGGUAGCAGUUUGCCUUGCUUGUCUUUAUAAACUGUUUCCAUACAAAAAACAAACAAACAAAAAAUCAACUGACAUUUUGGUAGUUGCAGCAUUGUCCUCCUGUACCCAUGAUUUUGGUUGCAGCUAGAUAGUCCUUGCUGAAUACAUAUAUAUGUUAUAGGUUGUAUAUGUAACUGCUAUCAGAAUCAGUAAUCUUUUCUGCUUUUAACGGGGAAGAAUGUAUUUGCUUUUUUAACCAAGGAUUUAUACUAGUAAAUCAAAACAUUUUUAUCUGACAAAUUAAUGUAUUAAGGCAUCUAAUAGUGAGCAGAACUGGAUGCUCGCAGCCUUAAAGUGAAGGAAAGCAAUAGAUAUUCAUCCUUGUAAGAAACUCUAACUUUGAAUCUAUGAUUCUAUGAAGCGUCAAAAUAUGAUUUAUCAAUUAAAAGAAUUGGUUUUACAAGCAGAAACUGCCUGAACAUGAUAUGAAGCCUUUUGAACAGAAUGCAUCAUGUAUUCGUUUUGCCUGUUAGUGGAUAAAGAUUUAGAGUAGAUGGCUCUUCACGGUCAGGGCUCAUUUCAGUUUGCAAGAGUGUUAUCACCUUCUGUUCCCAUGCACCCUGAACCAGGCAAGGUUAAGAUUUUUAAUUAAAAAAAAAAAAAAAUUCUUCACCCCAAACUGUCCAGUCCUUGCUACAUAUAUUGCAGUUGUAUUAACCUCAGCUAGCAAUAAAUGACAUGCAAAUAGUGAAGACAUGCUAGCUGCAAUAGAGAUAAUCUCCAUGUAUCUGUCAUAUAAAGGAAAAAACGUAAAAAAAACCCCUCCACCAAAACCAACGCUAGGCAGCAGUAAAGUACUCGGUUGUAAAAUACACUGCUAAGAAUACCUGGUUUUAAACAGUUUGUUCCAUGCCUAGCUUGUCUUUCCUGUUGUUUGACUUAGUCACCCCUCUUUUCGCCCUUUUCACUUCCUGAGAAAGAAAAAAUUUGCAAUCUAUCUGACCAAUAGCAAGGGUUUUAGAUCCAGUGCAUCUUAGCUGAGACUGUUCUCUUAUCUAUCCCAUUUGUUCCAUUGUUUGACAUUGACUAAUCAAACAGAGAGAGGAUGCAAGUGCAAACUCAUCUACCUUUCAGAGAAAAAGGGGAAAGCUAAACAGUGAAUGAAGCAAGUCCCAGUAUGGUAACAGACCAAAAUCCUCAUAGACUGUGUUGCAGCCAGCCAGCUAUAGCCCUGAAGAAGCUGGGGAACAGGAGCAGGAUGCUUGUUUAGGUCUCUGAGGUCCUCCCUUCCUUUCUUUACUGGAGCUUACAUGCCAUCUGCAGGACCCACGCAAUACUGCACUUCAAUCAGAAAACGGAGUUAUAAGAACAGAGUUAAGAAAUAUAUCUGCCAGCUUAGUUUUGCCAAGAGCAGCAUGCAGCUGAACAGCAAUAAAUUGAAAAGCUGGGUUAUACACAAGAUUUUAAGGGUUGGAGGGGCAGGGGUGUUGUUUUCUGGCAUAGACAUUACAGAUGCUUAAUCGGCCUUUUUGAUGUUCCUAUGCUUCAGCUUUGGUUUAAAAGCACCAGUCUGAUGCUUUGCAUAGACUGUAGUACAUGAACCAGUAGCCUGCUUCAGCUGUGAAUCUCUCACUUCUGAAUCUAGCAGGAACUGUCUGUGCUGUCUGGCUCCUAUCACCUUAAGAGAUGGAUGCUGUCUCAGCGCUAUGAAUAGUAGCUAGGAUCAUGCUUAAAAUCCCCCGGUCUGUUUCUGUUCCUGUUAAAGCAUGGCUAUGGAUGAAUGAACACUAGAAUUGCUGUUCCAUGCCUCACUAACAGC